AUGAAAUUUUCUAGUAUUGUUACCCUUGCUGCUCUCUGUUUAGCAUUUGGUGAAUCAGCACCGGUCGCUGGAAAGAAUGGUUUUGGUGAAUCAGCACCGGUCGCUGGAAAGAAUGGUUUUGGUGAAUCAGCACCAGUCGUUGGAAACAAUGGUUUUGAUGGUCAUCAAGAUGAUAAUGUUGAACCAUGGGGAAAACACGCUACUCAAACUAAGAGUAUUGCACACCCAUUGCCAAGUCCUGGUUGGUCAAAGGAUAAGCACGCUCACUCCAAGCACCAUUCACACGGUCCAUAUUCUCCACAUCCUUUCCCAACCCAUUCUUGGUCUAACCAUACUACCCACCACAAGCGUACUCACCAUCCAUCUCCAACCCACACCUGGUGGAACGCUACCACUCAUCACGAGCACACCCAUUCUCAUGUCCAUACCAGCAUUGAAACUUCCUUAACUACUAGUGUAUCUGAGCCACAUCACCACUAUCAUGGCAAGUUCCCACAUGGUUUACGUAACUCAACAAAGACCCAUAAGGACCUUUUUGAAAAAUUAUGUGAUAAAUAUCCAAACUACUUCAAUAAGAACUUGCUCACUGCUAAUGACGAAAAUGAAUAUGAUGAAAUGAGAGCUGAAAUUUCCAAAUGGGUUGUUGCUCAAGAACAAACUAAAACUACAGAACAACCUAAUUCUGAUGCUACUGAAGGACCAGAUGCUGAACAAACUAGUCUUGUUCUGAGAGCUGCUAAGUUUUUGAGAGAAUCAAAGCCAACAACUACACUUGAUCACCCACAAUUUCAGUAA